AUGCCGACUGCUAAGCCGACACGUACUGUCUUCUACGGUCGCGACAAGGCACUACCUGAGGAUUCUGUUGGCCCUCGUGAGAGUAUCGAAAACGAAGAGCCUUUUGUGAAGGUGGUCUCUGAUAUUCAGGACUUUGACGACUAUGAGAGCUUUGACGAAGAUCUCCGCUCUGUAACUCCUGAAAAUGCCGAGGAGAAGACUGCACGAGAGAAGCGACCUGUCUCCCAUGACGAGGAAAGCAGUGAGGAGGACUCGAAGGCGAAAGUGAAACCUUCUCCUAAGCGCCAGCGACGCUCUGCUGCCGAAGAAUCUGUUAUGCCCCGCCGCUCCAAGCGUGUCGCAUCUGCUGCCCCUUCCGUCAAGGAUGAGGCUUCUCCCACCAAAACUGCCGUCAAGAGAGGCCCUGGGCGUCCUCCCGCUGGGAUACAACGCAAAGGAGAGGAGGUUAUGAACUCAAAGAGAGGUAGGGGACGGCCUACCACCAAGCGCCAGGUGACUAGCCCUGACAGCGACACUGAAUGGGAAGUUGAGGAGAUCGUGGAGUCGCGGAUUGAUACUACGACGAAAAAGCAAGUUUACCUCGUCAAGUGGAAGGGGUACAGUAGCAAACACAACACCUGGGAGCCGAGGAAAAACUUGGGCAAUUGCUUGAAGCUCGUCAGGAAGUUUGAGGAGCGUCAGAUGGCCUAG